AUGUCGUCGUGGGUCGUCUCCACCACCGAGCUGUGCGAUUGUGGUGCAACCGGGGCGAAAUCAUCAUCAGCCACAACAAACCCGCGGCACACGCGACUGAUUCUGCUGGUGUGGCACAAUCUCACCGAGAAGUGCCAAAAACUCGGUAGCUUUCUCAGGCGGGAGACGAACAAGCCGCUACCCAAAGAACUGAGGCGAUCGUUACGUCUCAACAAAUCGGCCAGAAGGAAAGGCUAUCGGAGUUGCGAGAGCGAGGCAGAUAAACGCCUGAUGAAAGAGCGUCUGAAUGAGCCCAUCAACAUAUCCAUACGCAUGGGACCUGCUUACGACUAUAGGCCUUCGAAUUUCUGAUGGAUCUGCAAAAGGACUCUAGAACAUCGCAUUUCGAAUUUAUAAGCACUGCUGUUAAUUUAGCUUAAGAUGUAAAUAUAAAUGUAAAGUGGCUGUUGUAAACUGUUAUUAAAAGUUUCGAUUUCGGCAAGUUUUA